CCAGGCUGAAGCUAUUGCACGAAAAGAGCUGCUCGCAGCCGCACUACUGUGAAUAUCUCUAUGCUCAUUGCCAGGACUGUGGAGUGUGCAAAAAGGAGGGAGAGCGAGAGCGAGGAGAGGUGGAGGGGAAUACGGUUGGAUUUGGAUACAACUGGAAAACUACCAAGCGCGCACAGCACGCACCGAAAGGAAGGCAUAUCGACGGUGCGUAGCCAACAUUUCACCUACUCCCCGUCCCCUGCGAUCGGUUUCAGGCGAGAAUGGAGCUCCCUGCCGCCGGAGAGCACGUCUUUGCGGUAGAGGGCAUCGAAAAGAAGCGCAUCCGCAAGGGCAAAACAGAGUACCUGGUCAAGUGGCGAGGAUGGUCUCCUAAAUACAACACAUGGGAACCAGAGGAAAACAUCCUUGACCCGCGUCUCCUGGUCGCGUUUCAACACAGAGAAAGGCAGGAGCAGCUGAUGGGAUAUCGAAAGCGAGGGCCGAAACCAAAACACAUUCUGCUCCAGGUUCCCUCAUUUGCACGAAGGUCAAGUAUUCCUGCAGGUUUUGAGGAAACAUCACAGGAAGCAGAAACCAGCCUCAAAUCCGACCCCAUCCAGGUCCAGCGCUCCCAGCCUCAGCAGUACCAGCUGAACAGCAAAAAGCACCACCAGUACCAGCCCAGCAGCCAGGAGGUUCCUGCUGACCAGAUGGCCAACGGCAAGAAGAAGUUCAUCUACCAGCUAAACAGCAAGAAGCACCACCACUACGAGCCCGACCCCAGUAUGUACGACGCACAGGCCUCCAGGCUUAAGGAGGUGGUCAAAGUCCAGGAACCAGCCAAUAAACCAGCCAAUCCUGGUUGGAACUUGCCGCUGGCUUUGCAGCAGAAAUGGGUCCGUGACAAAGAUACAGGCUGUUUGAGCAAAGUUAAAGAGUUGGCAGUCGAGGUGAGGAAACCAGCUGUUAAGGAGCCUGACAGUGAACAUGCCCUUAAACCCAGUCCUAAAGAUGUAACCCUACCUAGCACUAUUAGCAGCAAAAUGAAGAUAAUCAAGAAUAAAAACAAGAAUGGACGUAUUGUGAUUGUCAUGAGCAAAUAUAUGGACAGUAACAAGGUACAUGGAGCAAAGGGUAAACAUGGGGAAUCAUCAAGUGAAGAGAAACCCCAGAACACCAAACCAUCAGAGAACAAUCCAGCACACAGAACCAAAAUGGUGGAGCCGUUGCACCUUGAAAAUGGCAUCCACAAAGAGAUGUGUAACGGCAGAUCUCCCCCUGCCGCAGAACACCCAGUGAAGUGUUCCCCAAAGGACCGGCAUUUUUCCAAACCUUCCCCAAGCACAGCAGAGGAAUACAACACUGAAGUGGCUUGUGGUCAGGCUGAUUUGCCAGAAGACCUGCCGUUACAGCUGACCGCAUGCUCGCCCCCGACGUCCUGGUCCACUGACACCAACAUCCCAACACCGACCGCCGUCGACCAAAUCAGGAUUCCCUCUUUUCCCAACGACCGCAAACGAAAGCUGUCAGAUCCCGUGGAGGAUAGGAGCGUUUCCAAAGCCUUCCUAACUUCCAGGAGCUUCAGCGUACCCAGUGCUGUGGUAACGCCCCCUCAGGAUAAACCCAUGGACCUCCACUGCAGCCGCCCACGCCACAGCAGUAUAUGUACAUAUGGAACUAUGGACUCUGAAAGCCAGGAGGAGCCCAUGGAUCUCAGCUGCCCAAAGACUAAAAGGCAGCCAGAGCCAGAAGUACAGCCAGAACCAGAACCAGAACCAGUACCAGAGUCACAGCCAGCUGUCAAAGACACGCCUCCAGUGACUGAGAACUCUGAGAAAUCCACAGAGAAAUCAAAGGAAACAUCUGUGAAAAAAAUCUCCCCUUUUAUGGGGAACAUCAUCAUCACAGACAUUACAACAAACAGUCUCACUGUCACCUUCAAGGAAUACGUUUCUUUCUAAAAGACCGUGGGGACCACCAGCGACAAAUCGGAUAAUCUUGUCUAAAUGUACAUUUGUAAAAACAUAAGAAUUUUGUAUAUAUGGAAAUUUAUAAUUUAUCAUUCAAAGUCAAUAUGUUUCUUAUAAUGUUUUAUACUGUAAUUCUUCUGUGAUGUAGCCAAGAAAGUGCCCUCGAGGAUUUGAGCGAAUACAUUCAGGUGGAUGUAUUCCACUAUUUAAAAAGAUCUGCUUAUUGAACUUGAUGGGAUACCUGUACCAAACCUAUAACCUGAGAUGUAUGAAGGUUUAUACAUAUUUUGUAUUAAUAAUAUCACUUAUUUUGGUCCUACUAGAAAGUGGAGAGGAACGUUUUGAGUCUAUGGCGAUCAAAGAUCAAAUUAAAGCACUUAAUUGCAUUUCCAUGUAAUCAUUUCUGUCAUGUACUCAUGAGAAGUAGUGGAGAAAGAGCUGAUUCAGUCUUAUUUUUUAAUGAUUUGUACUCCAUACUGUCGAAACUGGCAUGUUUUGUGAAAUGGUUUGUGUGUUGCUUGGUUAAGUUAAAAAAAAUAAUCCAUGACAACAACACCUUAACACAAUGCUCCAGUCCUUUUCAUGUGAACUUCAUUUUGUGUAAAUGUGGUCUCAAUCUGAUCUGUCACUAUGUUGCACAGUUCAUCUUGAGCAAACAUUUAAAGAAAAAGGAUGAUGUGCAUUUUCAAAGAUCAGCUAUUCUACAGAAAGCCGUGUCAUUUAUCAAACAUGUAACUGUUCAGGUGACGUUGAUUCUUACCAUAAUGAGGCUGUGAUUUAUUACCUUAUUAUGGACCUCAUCUACUGCUGGAGUUACUUCAAAGGAUCUAUGCUAGUCUUGUUAGGAGUUUCUAAUGUCGCAGAGAUUAGCAACAUUCAUCUCAUUUUUUUUUUUUAACUGAAGCAUAUUAUAUGAUCUGAAGAAUACAUGUGACUGCUAUAUGUUUUAGAACAAGCUACAGGGUUGCUUUUAACUAACUAGUAUGUUGUACAGAUAAAAUAUGAGCUGCAAAACUGGUUUUGUAUACUGUUACAUGCAAUCCAAUGAGUGCAAGCUGUUUUGAUUAUGCUGCUGAAAAUUCAAAUGUCAUAGUUUUGUGUGAGAAAAACUAUUGGAUGUAACCCACAUUUGAGUCUAAAUUGCCUUCUACGCACAUUUAAUGCAAAACCAGUAUGAAUGCGAAAUGCUAUAGUACUGAAAAUGAAGAGUGCAUAUUUAUUGACAUUUAAUUUGUUGUUCAAAACAAUAAUAUGUUCUCUGCAUCAGAAGCUGCAAGUGAUUCACUGAACACUUUGUCCGUUUCAAUAAAAUGUUUUAUGUUUAUGCUACUUUUUUUUUUUUUGUUCUGAAUCAUUUGUUUUGUUUUGUUCAUUCUGUUCCUGUACUUGGUUCCAAGUCAAAAUGAUUGUUAUAAAGUAUGUUCUACCAGACAUUGGUUGAUUUAUUGCUGUUGGCACAGCUUAUUGGAUGGUAUGUCUCACAAUAAAGAAAGAAAAAUGACCUCUCA